GUCGAAACCAUUAUGAUGAAUUUAAAUAUUUUGGUGAUUUUAUGCUUUGUUCAAUUUACAUUGAGCGAAGACCGAAUAUCCGUGGACACGGUAGGUACAAUAACAGCAACUGCAGGUUAUUCGAUAACCGAUAAUCACUCCCCAACUGCAUCGAGUCUGACUUCAAGCAUAGAAUUCCCGGGUGACCACGAUACUUCGAAAGACUCGUCUUCGUCGGUCGAAACUUAUUCCCCGGGUGCUGACUCCCGAAGCACUCAAAGCUUAGGACUGCGAAAUAGACAAGCCAGAGGAAAGCCAAGCCAAUGGCAAUCGAGUGGAAGUGUCGAAGAAAAAGAUCCUGGAAUCGCGACAUUUCCGUUGACUGAUCAUCAUGUGAGCGAACAAUUGUACAACGUUAAGCCUCAGACGUUUGAUAUUCAAUCGUCGCAGUCAACAGACAUUAAAAGCGAUGAAAGCGUCGAGAAGACCAUUGCGUAUAACAAAAAGAUGCAAAAGAACGAUGGUCACGAUGACCGGCCGGUUUUUACCGAUUGGUCAGAAGAAAUUCGUAUGAAAUUCGACAAUGAUAAACCAAUUAGAUCACGUAGGAAGAACAAAAAUCAGCAGGAUAGUGUACAACAGGAGAAGAGAAAACAGCAGAUGAAAAAGUUGACAAGUGGAAAUACCGAUAAAAAAGAUGGCUGGCAAGAACUGACUCCUAAUAUGGAAAUGGCUACCGGGAUCAUAACAACCGUACCAGAUCAUGAUUCUUCACAGGAUACGUCUGGUAGCUCAGAAUCGUUCAAGGUGUCCCACCCGGGCCUGUACCACUCGGAGAGCAUGUCCAGCAUGGAGACCGCGGAACAGGUGGAGCCGCAGAACUUCAACCACAAGCAAGUGCUGUCGAAGAUGAACCAUUUCGACUUCAGUAACGCGGUGUCGCAGACGAACAAGAUGCCGCAACCCAGGGAGAAACGGCUAAACUACCAGGUGCCCGGCGGCGGCAACCUGGCCGCCAGGUACCCGUUCAGCGGUGGCGGCAUCGGAGGCGGUCAACCGUUGCAUGGUCUGGUGCCGUCGUCGCCCACGCCCGCGGUCGUCAAGUCCGUGAAAAUCGAACAGCCCAACUACCACAGCAUCGUGGUGCCCAUACCGAUCUCGCACCAGAUGUACGCGGCCAUCGGCGGCGACCCUAGCUUACCGGUGCACGGCCACCAGUUGGCCAGCAGCACGGUGCAACAAGCGAUGAUGUCGCUGCCGGUCGUGCACAACGUGUUCUUCAAGACGGACGAGAACGGAGGCGGCAAGACCAUGCCGGCCAUAGUGAUACCCUUGAAACCGGAAUACCUGCAACACUUACAACAACAGCAGUACAUGCACAUGCAGCAGCAGCAGCAGUCCUCUCAGGACGUGGUGGCCCCGGACUCGCAGAACGCGGCCGGUCACCAGCGUCCCGUGCACCAAGUGGGCAGCGGCACCAAGGCGUUGCAUUACCAGCAACAGCAUCAGCAGCAGCAACAGCAGCAACAGCAGCAGCCGUUGACACCUCCGCCGUACUCGCAAAAGCCGAAAUCGGUCAAGGUCAAGAAGCCGUUCGGCUUGAUAAAAGACGAACAGCACCGCGUCGUCAAGCAGCCGUUCGGUCUGCAGCACCAGUUCUACAACAACCCGUUCGCGGGCGGCGCAGGAGGUAGCGGCGGCGGCGGAGGCGGCGUUGGCGUCGGAAUCGGCCACCAGCAGCAACACCUGGCGCACCAACACCACGGCCACCACGUGCAGCAGCAGCAGCAGCAGCAGCACGACUCCGCGGACGAUUCGCGGUACGUGCAGACGCCGGCCGCGUCCGUUCCGCCGGCCGGCCACCCUUACGCGCAGCCCGGCCACUCGCUGAUCGUAAAGCGGCCGCACGCGUACGGGUACGCGGCGCCCGUGGUGCCGACCGCGCCCAAGUACCUGCAGGCCGUCAACAAGUCACCGCAGCAGCUGCAGCAGCCGUCCACCGAGGAGUUGGCCUCGGUCAUCGCGCAGCAACAGCUGCAGCCGUACAAAGCGACCACGUACCACCCGGGUUUCGCGUACCUGAACGGCCCGGACGACGAGUACCCGUACAGGCCCAUUUACAAGGACAUGAAAAAGCGCAGCGACCUGUCACUCCCCGUCCGGGACGACCGGCGCAAGUGAUUCACCACCCCCGAUCGACAUACUACUACUAUUGCUACACUACAAUAUUAAACGCCUAAACGGUUUUCAGGACUUUGUCGACCUACUACGACAGUAAUUGUUAAGGAUUAUUCAUCUAUAGGUAGACGAAGACUAUACGCUAAGACGGAACAACGUAAUUAUUAUUAUUGGUCUACGAUAAAUUAAUAUUUAUAAGUAUGUGUGUGUGUAUAUAUAUAAUAAUA